AUGAGUUCCAACUACAACCUCAGAAGCGGCGCCAACCCAAACCAAGACCAGCCAGAAGGGAUGGCCGGUGGGAUGGGCGGCGAGCCCGAGUUCCAGCAGUCUCAGUCGCAGGAAAACCCCGAGCUCCAGUCGCAGCAAACAAACCCCCGGAUGCAGUCGCAAACACAACCCGGGAUGCAGUCGCAAACAAACCAGAAGAGCCAGGAGAGUAGCUUCCAGACCUCGGAAUCCACUAAACAGACCUCCAAGAACGAUGUCCAAUGGGGCAAUCAGCCUGGCCAGUUCAGUGCCUCGGAGACGAAUCCAAAGCCAUCUGGAGCGUACCAUAUGACCGGUGACCAGCUCUCUCAUCCUCAGGAGUAG